UACAUAGCACCCUCCCUCCCUCCAUCCAUCUCUACAUAGCACCCUCCAUCCAUCUCUACAUAGCACCCUCCCUCCAUCCAUCUCUACAUAGCACCCUCGCUCCCUCUAUCCAUCUCUACAUAGCACCCUCCCUCCCUCAUCAUGCAUUCCUCCACCUCCAUCACGUCCCUCUUCUCCUUCACCAGCCCUGCAGUGAAGAGGCUUCUGGGAUGGAAACAAGGGGAUGAAGAGGAGAAGUGGGCAGAGAAGGCUGUGGACUCUCUGGUCAAGAAACUAAAGAAGAAGAAGGGAGCGAUGGAGGAGCUGGAGAAGGCCCUCAGCUGUCCCGGACAACCCAGUAAGUGUGUGACCAUCCCUCGGUCUCUGGACGGUCGUCUCCAGGUGUCUCACAGGAAGGGUCUCCCCCACGUUAUCUACUGCAGAGUGUGGAGGUGGCCCGACCUACAGUCUCAUCACGAACUCAAGGCCUUGGAGUGCUGCGAAUUCGCCUUCGGAUCCAAACAGAAAGACAUCUGUAUCAACCCCUACCACUACAGACGGGUAGAGACACCAGUCCUUCCCCCAGUGUUGGUCCCCCGCCACAGUGAGUUUAACCCCCAGCACAGUCUACUGGCUAAAUUCCGGAACGCCUCGCUCCACAACGAGCCCCUGAUGCCCCAGAACGCUACAUACCCGGACUCCUUCCCUCCUCUCCCUUGCGCCUCCUUUUCCUCCACCUCCUCAUCCUCUCUCACCCAGUCCCCCACCUCCGCCAGCUACCCCAACUCUCCCAGCAGCUCAGCCGAACCUACCAGCCCCUACCACAUCACAGAGACCCCACCUCCCCCCUAUAGCAUGAUGGAGACAGUCCCAACUGAGGAUGUCAAGCCUGGAGACUCCACACACAAGCUCACCUUCUCAGCUCCGCACAUAGAUCUACGGCCUGUGUGUUAUGAGGAACCAGAGUACUGGUGUUCAGUGGCGUACUACGAGCUGAAUAAUCGUGUUGGAGAGACGUUCCACGCCUCGUCCCGUAGCGUCCUGGUGGACGGCUUCACCGACCCCUCCAACAACAAGAACCGCUUCUGUCUCGGCCUGUUGUCUAACGUCAACCGCAACUCAACCAUCGAACACACACGCAGGCACAUAGGAAAAGGUGUCCAUCUCUACUACGUGGGUGGUGAGGUGUACGCCGAGUGUCUGAGUGACAGCAGUAUCUUCGUCCAGAGUCGUAACUGUAACUAUCAGCAUGGUUUCCAUGCUACCACCGUGUGUAAGAUCCCCAGCGGCUGUAGUCUGAAGAUAUUCAACAACCAGCUGUUCGCCGAGCUCCUCUCUCAGUCCGUCAACCACGGCUUCGAGGUGGUCUACGAACUCACCAAGAUGUGUACUAUACGCAUGAGCUUUGUCAAGGGCUGGGGUGCAGAGUACCACCGACAGGAUGUCACCAGCACCCCCUGCUGGAUAGAGGUGCACCUGCACGGCCCUCUGCAGUGGCUGGACAAAGUCCUCACACAGAUGGGCUCUCCUCAUAACCCCAUCUCCUCCGUGUCCUAACACAUACAUACACACACACACACAGAUGGGGUCUGUCCUAAAACACACACACACACACACACACAGAGAUGUGGUCUGUCCUAAAACACACACACACACACACACAGAGAUGUGGUCUGUCCUAAAACACACACACACACACACACACACAGAGAUGUGGUCUGUCCUAAAACACACACACACACACAUAUCCUCUGUAUCCUGACACACACACAUCUUAAUGGAUCUAUGCUCAUCUCAACUGACGCUAUUGAAAUAGCAGCUUUUUCUUCCUGACAGGAAUCAACCAUUUAGCAUUACGAAUGUUAUUGAAGUUGAUGACAAUCAAUCCAUCAUACAGAAGUUACUGUAGCUUUCAGUUAGUCAAUGUACAAUGUGUCAGUGAUGCAGAUGCCUAUUGUAUUGUUUUAGCUACUCUGCUGUCUAGUUUUACUGUAAGGGCGCUAUAUAGCGGCAACCGACAUCGCAAUAUCCGUUUCAUUGUGUUUUGUUUGUUUAGGUGAUGUCAGAGGUGUGUAACUGUGAUGGGAGCUGUCGAAAUAACACAUCUUUAAUAAAUCCCACCUGCGUUAGAAGUUCAGAACGAGAAAAGUGUAGGCUAUAGUUGAAAUAAUAAUAACACUCAAAUGAAGCAAUUAUAAGGAUUUUUAUAUCAGCCAAUCGAGGCGUAGAUUACAACACGCGAUCCAGUGUUCCAACUUGUAACACAGCUACAUGACGUCAUUACUAAUGCAACUAGACACAUCCAAUGGCAAUGUCCUGUACAGGUACAACACCGGGAGACACAUCCAAUGGCAAUGUCCUGCACAGGUACAACACAGGGAGACACAUCCAAUGGCAAUGUCCUGUACAGGUACAACACCGGGAGACACAUCCAAUGGCAAUGUCCUGUACAGGUACAACACCGGGAGACACAUCCAAUGGCAAUGUCCUGCACAGGUACAACACCGGGAGACACAUCCAAUGGCAAUGUCCUGUACAGGUACAACACCGGGAGACACAUCCAAUGGCAAUGUCCUGUACAGGUACAACACCGGGAGACACAUCCAAUGGCAAUGUCCUGCACAGGUACAACACCGGGAGACACAUCCAAUGGCAAUGUCCUGUACAGGUACAACACCGGGAGACACAUCCAAUGGCAAUGUCCUGUACAGGUACAACACCGGGAGACACAUCCAAUGGCAAUGUCCUGUACAGGUACAACACCGGGAGACACAUCCAAUGGCAAUGUCCUGUACAGGUACAACACCGGGAGACACAUCCAAUGGCAAUGUCCUGUACAGGUACAACACCGGGAGACAUCCAAUGGCAAUGUGCUGUACAGGUACAACACCGGGAGCCCGUUGUUGCUUUGGCAGCUCCACCGCGGUACACCUCUCCCACAACGCCUAAACAAAAAACAAUGAUGCUGCAAGGCAGUUGUGGGUUGAGGCAGAAUGGAUUUAAUCUAGCCCUUCAGUGUCAUUAGACUAUGGUUUCAACUAUCAUUCAAUCACCUUUUUGCUUAUUGUAAUCUACAGAUACUGUAUUCAACCACACAUAGCUCUUGUUUAAAUAACCCUUUAACUCACUCAAAGACAGUGGUGUGUGCCCCCUAUGGCACCCUAUUCCCUAUAUAGUGCACUACAUUAGACCAGAGCCCUAUUCCCUAUAUAGUGCACUACUUUAGACCAGAGCCCUAUUCCCUAUGUAGUGCACUACAUUAGACCAGAGCCCUAUGGCACCCUAUUCCCUAUAUAGUGCACUACUUUAGACCAGAGCCCCUAUGGCACCCUAUUCCCUAUAUAGUGCAGUACAUUAGACCAGAGCCCUAUGGCACCCUAUUCCCUAUAUAUAGUGCACUACUUUAGACCAGAGCCCUAUGGAACCCUAUUCCCUAUAUAGUGCACUACAUUAGACCAGAUCCCUAUGGCACCCUAUUCCCUAUUAUAGUGCACUACUUUAGACCAGAGCCCUAUUCCCUAUAUAGUACACUACUUUAGAAGAGAGCCCUAUGGCUCCCUAUUCCCUAUAUAGUGCAGUAGGGUACCAUUUGAGAUCAAAGGAAACAGUAGUUACUAAUAGAUACGUAUAUGUCAGUGUAUAAAAUGGUGUUUUACGUGUUGGAAACAUUAUAAACAUGUAUUUACUGUUGUUUCUGACUGCCUUUCUGAUUAUUUCAUUAAAUAUUUUUUUUUAGAAUUGAAA